CGUCACCGACGCCUUGCCGACGUCAUUUUUCAGACGCACAUUUUUCGCCUGUGUAGCUGUUGUUGUUAGCUGUAGAUGGCAGCUUAAAAAUGGCAAAUGGAUGUAAAGAUGUGUUGUUUACUCGUGGAGCAGGACAAAGUGACGAUUCGGACAUUUGGGAUGAUACAGCAUUGAUAAAGGCUUAUGACAAGGCUGUUGCAUCAUUUAAGACUGCUCUAAAGGGAGAAAAGGGAGAAGAGGAAACACAACCCUCCAAGAAGAACCACCCAGGAAAGAAAAGAAAGAAUAAUAAAAAGAAACAAAGUAGAAAAAGAACCAAUGCACCACCAGAUAAAUUGUGGCAGGUUGGAGAUUCAUGCUGUGCUUACUGGUCAGAAGAUGGGCAAUUGUAUGCAGCCUCCAUCUCCUCCAUAGAUGAGAAAAGGGGCACUUGUAUUGUGACAUAUACAGAAUAUGGCAAUGAAGAAGAACAAAAUCUUGAAGACCUGGUUUCCGAUAUUUCAGAGGGGGAUGAAGUAGUAAAUUCUAAGGUAAUAAAUGAGGUUGAAUCAUCAACAGAGGAAAGUGAUCGGUCAGCAACCCCAAAUGUACCAAAACUGCAGUCACAAAGUAAACACAAGUCCAAGACGCACAAAGAUGGUCUUCAUGGUUUUCCUGAAUUUCCCCCCGGGCCACCUCCAAUGCCAACUUUCAAACAGACAGGAAAUAGGCGAUCAAGUGGACAUGGACAUGCUUCUCCUCCCUGGCCUCCUAUGAUGGCUUUUGGCCCACCAAUGAUCCCACCUCCUCCACCAAUGAGCCCUGACAUGGUUGAUGAUGAGGCUUUGGGCAGUGUCCUCAUCUCUUGGUAUAUGAGUGGCUACCACACUGGGUACUACUUGGGAUUGAAACAAGCACGGAAAGAGGCUGCCAACUGGACAAAACAGAAUCACAAAUAAAAUAAAAAAGUAAUUUUUACCAGUGGCAUCAAUUUUGUGCCUGAGCCUUUCUGUUAAUUUUUUUAUAGAGUACAUGUAAAUUGGGUGUAAUAAGGAACUAAGUACUGUUGAAGAAGAAACAGUUUUGUAUUCUUUGUAAAUAGCUUAAUAAAAACGCACUAAGCCUA